CCUCGCUUCUCCCGCUACUUCUCUUCCCAAUCCGAGGAUUCUUCUGCGAUCAAAAAGAAGGUCGAGGACAUAAUGCCUAUCGCCACUGGCCACGAGCGCGAAGAGCUUCAGGCUGAGCUCGAGGGAAGGAAUAUUCUUGAAAUAGAUCAUCCCGAAGGUCCAUUCGGCACUAAGGAAGCACCUGCUAUUGUUAAAUCUUACUACGAUAAAAGGAUAGUUGGGUGCCCAGGAGGUGAAGGUGAGGAUGAGCACGAUGUUGUCUGGUUUUGGCUGGAGAAAGGCAAGCCCCAUGAAUGUCCAGUGUGCGCACAGUAUUUUGUUCUGGAAGUGGUUGGACCUGGUGGAUCACCUGAUGGACAUGGCGAUGAUGAUCACCACUGAUUCAUCCUUCGAUUUUCCAUCUGGAAUAAAUUCUGCAAAGAUGGAGAGACAUUGUUUAGCAUACACUCUGGCCUUUCAAAAUGCUGUGGCCUGUUUGUUUUUGAUUUGUGUAUAACUUCUUGUGAUGUCGUAACUUUUGAGAUAGAAAGUUUCUGCGAUUAUUUGAACGCAGGAUGCUGCUCAUUUGCUUGAGCUAUGAAUUCUGUUGGACUUUGUUUUGUGCGUUGCGAAAUAAUUGUUAGAACUUUUUGAUUCUUUAACUGGUAUUGAAUUUCGAGAA